UGGAAGGGACCCUAUGGAUCGUCAUAUUCAGCCCCUGUCACGGAGGCACAGUGAGGAAUAAAACUCCAGCUUCGCAGCCGGAUAUCUAAACCACUAAGCUAUCCAGCAGUUCUAUGAUGUUCGGGGGCCUAUAUGCAAGGGGGAAGUUUCUUUCUUGCUUUUGUGUGCAUCUUUUCUGUGCACACACCCUUGUCGCCAGAGGUCCCCCUGCGACGAAGGAGCUGAUUCCAGUACCCCAGAGGACCACCCAGCGAUGACCAAGUUGAUGUUUUAAUGCUUAAGUGCCACGCCUUUUGAGAACUUUUUCAGAGACUCGGUUGGCUCUCGAGAGCGUCUUCUUUGCCUCUUUCUUUUCCAUACUCCCUCCUUGUUCUCCAUGGACAGGCUUCUCUUCCUCCUCGUCUCAUGGGAUGCCCAGUCGGGAAGCCAGGAUUAUCCUAGUCUUUUUCAAGAAGAUGCCAUUGGAUGGAGUUGACCCAAAUGGUCUCCCGGCUUGCUUGAUUUGAUCUGACCAUGGAUCUGGAAAGCAUUUAAAAGGAGGAAAGUCUUUGAAAGGUUCUGGAAGACAUUCUGGAGUUUCUUCCGUAGGUUCGAAUUUGUCUGUGGUAGAAAUGGCUUGUUGGCAACAGUGGGAACGUUGGUGUCUGUGACUGGUUUGGGAGGGAGGGUCCUGUCCCAAAUGAAGCCUAGUAUUUGACAGGACAGCAUUUCUCAUUGGCUUGAGUUUUCCCUCUCUGAGUUUUGGAUUACAAAUUGGAGAUGGCUUACUGGGCACCACCUUAUCUUUCCUCCUGAAAACCUACACCUCCUCUUUAGGAUGGCGGUCCACGAGAACACUUAGCCAGCUGCCAUCUUGGGAAAAAGAAGGGCUUCCUUGGGCCCCCUUCGACCGCUGCCCUGGAUCUCCCUGUGGGGGCUUGGGCCCCAGUCAGCGGCAUGACUGCUUGCCAGUAUCCUAUGGGGCCGGGCUCCUUGGAGCGGGACCGGAUGUACCAGCACAAGGUCUCCUUGGUAGUCCGAUACUUCAUGAUCCCCUGUAACAUCUGCCUCAUCCUUCUGGCCACCUCUACGCUGGGAUUUGCUGUCCUGCUUUUUCUUAACAACUACAAACCGGUGAACUAUUUUCCCCAGCCACCACCAACCACUCAGGAUGUGUGCCGAGGGGUCCUGUGCGGAUUCGGGGCAGUGUGCGAAAAGAACCCAACAGACUCCUCCCAGGGAGUGUGCGUGUGCAAGAAGACCACGUGCCCUUCGGUGGUGGCCCCGGUCUGCGGCUCAGACUAUUCUACAUACAGCAAUGAAUGUGAGCUGGAGAAGGCUCAGUGCAACCAGCAGCGCCGGAUCAAAGUCAUCAGCAAAGGGGCAUGCGGUUCAAAGGACCCCUGUGUAGAGGUGACAUGCAGCUUUGGCAGCACGUGUGCCCGAUCCACCGAUGGGCUCUCAGCUAAGUGCAUCUGCCCGUCAUCCUGUAGCGGCGUUCCCGAGAACACGGUGUGCGGCAGUGAUGGCAAGGAUUACCGCAGCGAGUGCCACCUCAACAGGCAUGCCUGUGACAAGCAAGAAAACAUAUUCAAGAAGUUUGAUGGGCCUUGUGACCCCUGCAAAAGCACCCACAACGAUAUGAACAGAGUUUGCCGGGUUAAUCCUCGCACUCGGCGCGCUGAGCUUCUGUCCCGGCCUGAAAGCUGCCCCAAGAAGUGGGACCCAGUGUGUGGUGAUGAUGGUGUGACCUACGACAAUGACUGUGUGAUGGUGAAGUCGGGCGCCAUUCGUGGGAUGGAGAUCCAGAAGGUGCGUUCCGGACAGUGCCAGUUCCAGGAUAAGUGCAAGGAUGAGUGCCGAUUUCAUGGCGUGUGCCUCAACCGCCGGGGGGUGGCCCGUUGCUCGUGUGAGCGCGUCCUCUGCGACGGCGCCUACCGACCUCUCUGCGGCAGGGACAGCCGGACCUACGCCAACGACUGCGAGCGGCAGAAAGCCGAGUGUCAGCAGAGAUUGGCCAUCCCGGUCAAGCACCAAGGCCCUUGUGAUCUCGGCACGCCGAGCCCAUGCCUGAGUGUUGAGUGCACUUUUGGGUCGACCUGCGUGGUGAAGAACCAGGAGGCGGUCUGCGAGUGCCAGCAGGUGUGCCAGAGUGUUUACGACCCAGUCUGCGGCAGCGACCACCUCACCUACGGCAACCCGUGCGAGUUGGAAGCCAUGGCUUGUGCCCUGCGGAAAGAAAUUAGGGUGAAGCACAAGGGCCCGUGCGACCGCUGUGGGAAGUGUCAGUUCGGCGCCAUCUGUGAGGCAGAGACGGGGAGGUGCGUGUGCCCCACGGAAUGCGUCCCCUCCUCUCAGCCCGUCUGUGGCACGGACGGAAACACCUACCGGAACGAGUGCGAACUCCAUGUGCGGGCCUGCACCCAGCAGACCAGUAUCACUGUAGCGGCUCAAGGCGAUUGCAAAACCUGUGGGGACACCGUGUGCUCCUUUGGGGCCAAAUGUGUGGGCGGGCAGUGCGUGUGCCCACGUUGCGAGAAGCAGCCCUUGGCCCAAGUGUGUGGGAGCGACGGGAUCACCUAUGACAAUCCGUGCGAGCUGCAGGCGGCGGCCUGCCAACAGAAGGAGGAGAUCGAGGUCUCUAAGAGGGGCCCCUGUGAUGAAGAAUGUAGCUCAGGAGGAGGCUCCGGCUCUGGGGACUCGAACGAGUGUGGCCGGGAGGUCUGCCGGCAGUACGGAGGCUCCUGGGAUGAUGACGUGGAGGAUGAUCGCUGCGUGUGUGACUACACCUGUGGAACUGUGCCAAGGAACUUGGUCUGCGGCUCUGACGGGGUGACCUAUGCCAACGAGUGUGAGCUCAAGAAGACGCGCUGUGAGAAACGGCAAGAUAUCUAUGUGGCGAGUCAGGGGGCCUGCCGAGAAGUCACCAAGGUUCUGCCUCUCCCUGAUGUCCUCCACUGCAGCCAGACCGUUUAUGGAUGCUGCCCGGACAACCUGACCUUGGCUCUCGGGGUCGGCUCUGCCGGCUGCCCCAGUACCUGCCACUGCAACCCUUACGGCUCCUAUGGAGGAGGUUGUGAUCCUGCCACUGGCCAGUGCUCCUGCAAGCCUGGUGUCGGGGGCCUGAAAUGUGACCGCUGCGAACCUGGCCUCUGGAACUUCCGCGGCAUUGUCACCGACGGCAAGAGCGGCUGCACGCCUUGUCACUGUGACCCCGUGGGCUCCGUGCGCGACGACUGCGAGCAGAUGACCGGCUUGUGCUCCUGCAAAGCGGGCGUCACCGGCAUGAAAUGCAACCAGUGUCCCAACGGGAGCAAGCUGGGGGUGUCCGGCUGCGAAAAAGACCCCUCGGCCGCUUCGUCCUGUGUCGAAAUGGUGUGUGAGUUUGGGGCGUCGUGCGUGGAAGUGAACGGCUUGGCCCACUGUGAGUGCCCGUCUCCUCUCUGCCGAGAGGCCAACAUGAGCAAGGUCUGUGGUUCUGAUGGCAUCACCUACGGCGAUCAGUGCCAACUGCGGACCAUCGCCUGCCGGCAAGGGAAAGUCAUAGAAGUGAAACAUUUUGGGCAGUGUCAGGAGUCUCUCAUGCAUUCCAGCCACACCACGCCACCCACAACACUACGGCCCCUGGACUCCCUUCUCCUCCCUCCGCCCCCACGAACCACUCCUCCAGUUUCUGAGCCGGCAAAGACCGCCACGGGCUCCCAGCAUUUUGCAGGCAAAGCCUUCCAUCCGAGCCACCCGGCCACGAGGCGGGUGGGCACCACCCCUCACCCGGCCACAACGUCCUGGACCACGCACAGCGUUCGCCAGACGUCCAUUCGUCCUCUCUCCACUGCCCCGGUCACCCCUGCCGCCAGCCAGCCAGCUUACAGCGAGUCCGGCAGCGCGGAAGGCAGCGGGGAGCCAGAGAUGGGCGCCAGCGGAGACCAAGAAGGCAGCGGCACGGGAUCUGCCGGCGAUGACGAGACAGAAGAAAGAAGGGUCGUGGGCACCCCAGUCAUAGAGAGAGCCACCUGUUACAACACCCCCCUAGGAUGCUGCUCUGAUGGCAAGACUCCUGCAGCCGAUACAGAGGGAAGCAAUUGCCCAGCCACCAAAGUGUUCCAGGGGGUCCUGAUUUUGGAAGAGGUGGAAGGCCAAGAGCUUUUCUACACGCCGGAGAUGGCCGACCCCAAAUCGGAACUUUUUGGGGAGACCGCCAGGAGCAUCGAAAGUGCGCUGGACGAACUUUUCCGCAACUCUGACGUCAAGAAGGAUUUCAAGAGCAUCCGGGUGCGAGACCUGGGGCAGAGCAAUGCCGUGCGUGUCAUUGUGGAGGCUCAUUUCGACCCCGCCACCGCCUCCACAGCGGCCGACAUCCAGAGGGCUCUUCUGAAGCAGAUCAAAGCGGCCAAGAAGAAGACCAUUCUGGUGAAGCGGCCACAGCAGGAGAACAUCAAAUUCAUGGACUUUGACUGGAUACCUCAGCUCUUCACCACGACCACGACCACCAGCACAGCCACCACCGUGGCGCCGGCAACUGCUGCCCCGACCCGCCGCUUCACCGCCGCCCCCCGGGUCCUGUACCCGGGGAGGACUCCCAGCAAAAUCUCCCUCGCACUCACCACCAAGAGGCCUGCGACCACUGCGCCGGCCACCACAGCCCGGAAGAAGCCGGUGCGGCCACCCCCGGCCACCAAGAAGCCGUCCCGGCCCUGUGAGUCCCACCCAUGCCUCCACGGCGGCACGUGUGAGGAUGAUGGCCGGGACUUCACCUGCAGCUGUCCAGCUGGCAAGGGAGGAGCUGUCUGUGAGAAAUCCAUCAGGUACUUCAUCCCCAGUUUCGGCGGGAAGUCCUACCUGGCGUUCAAAAUGAUGAAGGCCUACCACACGGUGCGGAUCGCCCUGGAAUUCCGGGCCUCCGACCUCAGCGGGCUCCUCUUGUACGACGGGCAGAGCCACGGCAAGGACUUCCUCUCUCUGGCGCUGGUGAAUGGCUUCAUAGAGCUCAGGUUCAACACCGGCUCUGGGACAGGCAUCAUCACGAGCCGGGUCCCCGUCGAGCCCGGGAAGUGGCACCAGCUGGUGGUCAACCGCAACCGAAGGAACGGCAUGCUCUCUGUGGAUGGAGAGCCGCCCGUCCACGGCGAGAGCCCCAGCGGCACGGAUGGGCUGAACCUGGACACCGACCUCUUUGUCGGAGGGGCUCCGGAAGAUCAAAUAGCCACGGUAGCCGAGCGUACCUCGGUCACCACUGGCCUGAAAGGCUGCAUCCGCCUCUUAGACGUGAACAACCAGAUGUACGACCUGCGGGAGAAAGGCAGUGACGUCCUGUACGGCAGCGGGGUGGGCGAGUGCGGCAACAACCCUUGCCACCCCAACCCCUGCCACCACGGCGGCCUCUGCCACGUCAAGGAGGCAGAGAUGUUCCACUGUGAAUGCCUGAACGGUUACACAGGGCCAACCUGCGCCGACGAGAGGAACCCCUGCGACCCCAACCCCUGCCACAUUUCUGCCACCUGCUUGGUGCUGCCGGAAGGGGGUGCCAAGUGCGAAUGCCCCAUGGGGAGGGAAGGCGAGUUCUGCGAGUCAGUCACAGAACUGGACCAGACGGUGCCCUUCCUGCCGGAGUUUAAUGGUUUCUCCUACCUGGCACUGAAUGGGCUGCAGACCUUUGUGCCAGACUUGCAGGACAAAAUGAAUAUGGAAGUGGUCUUCCUAGCAAAGAGCCCAAGUGGCAUGAUCUUCUACAAUGGGCAGAAGACAGAUGGCAAAGGGGACUUUGUCUCCCUGGCGCUGCACGAUGGACACCUCGAAUACAGAUAUGACCUGGGCAAAGGAGCAGCUGUCAUCAAGAGCAAAGAGCCAGUCCCCUUGAACACCUGGGUCAGUGUCUUGCUGGAAAGAAACGCACGCAAAGGGGUGAUGAGAAUCAACAAUGGCGAGCGGAUCAUGGGGGAGUCCCCGAAAUCCCGUAAGCUGCCGCACACGUCCCUCAACCUGAAGGAGCCUCUCUAUGUCGGUGGAGCGCCCGACUUCAGCAAACUGGCUCGUGCUGCGGCCGUGUCCAGCAGCUUUGAUGGGGCCAUCCAGAAGAUUUCCAUCAAAGGCAUCCAGGUGCUGAGGGAAGAGAACAUCCGAAGCGCCCUGGAGAUCUCCACCUUCCGCUCCCACCCGUGCACUCAGAAACCCAGCCCCUGCCAGAACGGGGGGAUGUGCCACCCCCGCAUGGAGGGCUACGAGUGCACCUGCCAGAGAGGCUUCUUUGGGGCCCACUGUGAGAAAGUCCUCAUUGAGAAGGCUGCUGGGGACUCUGAAGCCAUUGCCUUCAACGGCAGGACAUACAUUGAAUACCACAAUGCUGUAACCAAGAGCCAACUGACCAAUGAGAUUCCAGCUCCUGAUGCUCUGGACUACCCGAUGGAUAUCAGUGAGAAGGCCCUGCAGUCGAAUCACUUUGAGCUGAGCAUCAAGACGGAAGCCACGCAAGGCCUCAUCCUGUGGAGCGGAAAGGCUCUGGACCGCUCGGACUACAUCGCCCUGGCGAUCGUGGACGGACGGGUGCAGAUGACUUACGAUCUCGGCUCCAAGCCGGUGGUCCUACGCUCCACGGUCCCCGUCAACACGAACCAGUGGAUCCAGAUCAAAGCUUUUAGAGUGCAUCGGGAAGGCUCCCUGCAGGUCGGCAACGAAGCCCCCAUCACGGGCUCCUCCCCUCUGGGAGCAACGCAGCUGGACACAGACGGAGCCCUUUGGCUGGGAGGACUAGAGAAGCUCGGCGUGUCCCACAAGCUCCCCAAAGCCUACAGCACCGGCUACGUCGGCUGCAUAAGAGAUGUCAUCGUUGACCGCCAAGAACUGCAUUUGGUGGAGGACGCUCUGAACAACCCCACCGUAUUACAGUGCUCAGCCAAAUAAAGCGGGCGCCGCUCUGCCCCCCUCCCUCCCUCCGCCUCUCCCCCCUCCCUUCCCUCUCUCUUCCCUCCGCCUCCCUGGCUAUUGCUGUAAUUAUUUUCUAUUUUUGUAAACUUAUUGCUUUUUAUAUUUUUGUGGGGAGGGGAUGGGAGGGGGGAAAAGCAGGGAGGAAGCAAAGGAGGUAGAAGAGAGAACUUUUGGGGAAAGGGGUGUUUAUUUUUGGUUACGCGUUCGGUUGCACCGUUAUCUCAUCCAAGCCAGUUGGACUCUCUGAGCGACAGCCAAGCCUCCAUUUUUUAUUUUUUAUUUUUAAUUAAACAAACAAACAAAAAAACACCACCACCACCGACGAAAACAAAACUCCCAAGACGUGACCAAGAAACAAACUCUUUCCUUUCGGCCCGCAUCCUGCUUUCUGAAGGUCGUCUUCUGCUGCAAGUGUCAUUCAUACUUGAAAACCUGUUUCCAAAAAUCUGUUCGCACCCCGGAAGAGAAAAUGAAACGUUCACCCACCGUGAACUGUAGCCCAGAAAAGGACGGGGGUCAAAUUUUCAAAGCUGUCUGCAAUCCUGGCGACGCACGAAGCAUCCAGGGCCCCUUAAAGACCCCUGGGGGGGGCACGGAAGGAGAGGCGUGACGGAGCAAACAUGGAACGGAUUGGGGCCCUGAGGCCAAAAGAGACACCAGCUGAUGGGGUCCUAUGAAGCUGGACCCCCCCCCAAAAAAAAUAACAGCCCAAGACCCACUGCCAGCAACGGCAACAGCUGGGUUUCACCUCACCCUUAAGUCUUCCUUAGGCUUGCUAUUAUCCUCUUGUAUGUAUUCACCAUUAGGAUGACAAAACACUGAACAUGGUGCAUUUCCCCCCCCC